GUUGGACAAUUUAUGGUGGUCAAAGUUGAGCACUGCUUUCAGUUGCCUCAGUGUGGAAUUCCAGUGUGUGGUAAUGGAGGCAGGGAUUCCACGCUGUCCAGAUUCCAUUUCAAAGGCCUCCUUAAAAGAAGUGCUUGUGUGGAGCAAGGAGCUCAACCUGGAAGCUUUUGUGAGUGCUGCACUGAUUAUUUUAGUCUCUUUAAGUCCAUCUCCUAUAACUAACUGAAGCGUGUGUGCAAAACACUGAAGUCUUGUCUGACUUUUUGCACUCAAGGAAUGGUCAAGCCUCUCUUGCUCUUCCACGGUCAAAUCGUUCCAAAUGUCAGAAUCAUCAAGGUCAUCUACAUCAUCCACCUCACCUGGAAAACAUGUAGUGAAUGCUUUUUUCAUGUUUGCAGCAUUGUCGCAGAUGAUGUGGUCAACCUUUCUCUUGAUCCUGUAUUCCUCACAUAUCUGCUCAAACUCUUCACAAAUUCUUUCCCCCGUAUGAGAACCUUUGAAGCGGCUGCAUGAAUGCAAUUGGGAUUUCAAAUGAAGACCAUCAUCUUCAAUGUUGAUCCAUUGUGCUGUAAUUCCAAGAAAGCCUCUCAUCCUCCUGUCAGACCAUAUUUCUACAGUCAAGGACACAUGAUCUACUUUUGCAAGUUCAUCUUUUAGUUUUGUAAGGCCCACGGGAACAGACAUAGAGUGGAAUUUCCUCUCUGACUGUCGUAAAGCAAUUCGCCAGGUGCAGAGUCUGAUAUUGUCGGGACAGAGUGACCCGUAAGACCUUGGCAUCUGGUUUUGCGACAGUUAACAGGUGACACCUCUUUUCUAUGGGAAAGCAAUUCUAAAAUUAUCCCAACAUCCUGGAGGUUUCAGAUGGCAAGUAAUAAAAUCACAUGAUGGAAAUGGGGCAAAUUGCUCAGGACAGUUGAGGGACAGUCACAGUGCCCUCACCUGGUGUCACUGGGUAACUUGUCUCCCAACCUUCAUAAGGAGAGAAAUUUACUCACGCACACUUUUGGUUAGGAAAUAAAUCCAGAUUUUGGUCGAAUACAUUGAUACACUACACUAUGCAAUCUUGAUACACUGUGGAAAGACAUUGAGAGUUGACAGUUGGUUAAGAUUGUACAGUUAUUUCAUGUUUUUCAGAGUUUUCAUGACAAUCACGAGAACAAAUAUUCAUAUUUGGUAUGGUUUUUAUGGUCUCUGUGCGAGUGAUGCUCUGGUUUAGCUUUUAAAACCAGCAAACCUAGAGAAAAUCUAUUUUAAUAAAUUUGGAAGUCAACUGUAUUUUUGGACACUCCUCCUGGUAAAUCCAUCUGUCUGAUCCUGUCUGAACCAAAUUCCAAUCUUCCCCCUCCAAGUAAAUUUAUGGUUUUAUGAGCCUUUUGUGGCGACAUCCACCUGCCUGCGCUGGGUUCUUAUAGGAGAGGAACAGGGCCCUCUGGGAAUCUGCAAUCAGACUUCCCACACAAUACUCUUUCUGUGUGUAGACUGCUGUCAGCAACAGAGGAAGACAUUCUGCAUAAACCUUCACUCCGAACUAUUUCCCUCCUUGGUGUAGUUUCGAGAGCCUACAUUUUGGUGACCCCGACGUGAUCUGAUUGCUGUCUGUGGUUUUUGCCUGCGUGACCACUUUCGUAAGACGACAACUUCCUGUCCUACUGUACAUUGAGAUGAGGUUUGGCGUCGCUGUCGUUCUGUUCUACUUCCAGCUGUGGUGGCUUGCUGCAGCAAUCCCAUGGGUGCCGGAUACCAGGAGGGUGUCAGGGGACUCAUGUGUGAAGCUGGGGCAGCGUAUCCUCCUGAACUACCAUCUGAAAUGUGGGAGAUGGGUGUGGCGAUAUUUUAAGGGGCCAUCCACACCUCAUAUCACCAUACCGCCAAGGGAACCAGUUACAUGGCCUCCCGGGAUAGCACCGGAACCAAAUUGUGCCGCAAAAAUUUGCUGUAGGUCAGGUUCCACCCAUCUCCCAUCCAGGACAGUAACUGGCUACACACUUUUGCAGCCCAUAAAAUUCACACAACCCAACACCACAGCCUGGUACAAGCUUAAAGAGUACCCAGGCGCUGACAUUGGCAGCUUACAUCUGCUACAUUAUGAAAAUAACCAUGGCUUAGAUCCAAAAAAGUGCUACCGCACGAUGGAUCUAGAGCCGAGCACCUAUCGAUGCACCCAUACCGAGCCACAUAAUCAAACACACAUAGGAUACACAGAGUUAAUUUUCAAUGUAACCUCCUCCUCUAUUAACGACCGCAGUGGACUUAAAGCCUUCAUCUGGACCAGCCGGAAGGAGGGGACAUACUGCGUGGGGCGAUGCGAGGCUAGUCUGGAGACUUACACCAGUCCCCAGAACUGCACUUGGACUCGGCAUCAUUGUUUUAAUUUAACCACCUGCGGAUAUCACAAGCCCACGCAGUGUCCUAAGACCUACCCUCUCCCUCCUGGUGGUCUCAUUAAGGGAAAUGUAAACAAAACCUUAUUACAUGACGUGAAUCUUGUAAUGGCGCAUGUUAGUUACAAUAUCUCUAACAUCCUGUCAGCUUAUGUAACCCAUUGUGACAUAAAGGACAAAACAUAUGCAUGGCUGCAGGCACGGCUCGAUGAUUUAGUUUCUGAUUAUAAAGGCAGACUUGCCGUUCAAAUUCCACCCGUACGCUCUAAGCGAGACUUGUUCGGAGAUGUUACAGGUCUUUUCGGUUCAGGUAACUCUAUUGCAAACACCUAUAAAAUAACAAAACAAUCUCAAUACUCAGCAUGGUUGGCAAAUCAAGUGGCCACUGGUUUCCAACACCUCACUAAUAGCAAUGAGAAUAUCAUUAAGGCUGUAAGGUCCGAAGCGCAGGCGCUUCUUGCCAUCAGCCAUUCAUUAUUCAAUCAGACCCGUACCAUCGAGCGUGCCUUAGCCUGCAGAACAUAUGCUCAGGAUCUGUUUACUGCUGCCAGACAAGAGAUUUUAGACCUUCGUCUGCGCAAACCCCCGAGGCAUGUUCUAAAUGAUUUGAUAGAAACUUUAGACCUGCACAGGUGGAUUGUGUCAGAAAAAAUGAAAGACAUAAAGCAUGCCGAAUUAUUGACAACUUUUAUGAUGUACACAGGGACUGAAUGUGUGGGAUGUAUUGGGUUCUUUGUUUCUUUUCCUUUAAUUCACCCAGAACAGGUGUACCCAAAUUCCACUACCAUACGCUCUAUCGGCGUAGUAGUGAAGAAUCAGAUUCUAAAAUUAGAUCACCUUACCGGGUAUAUCACUAUGAGGGGCACAGAGACCAUAUUCACCACUCGCAUGUGUUGUCAUGAAACCUCUAGCUAUAUCAUCUGUACCUGUAACACCUUACAACCUUUUUCUCCCAAUGAUACCAAAUUCAUUAGUGUGCAGUCUUUGCAUGGCCACGCUGACGCUAUCCAGGUUUCCCACACACAAUGGUGCGUCAUCAGCGAGAUGAACUCUUUCUCAUAUGGAGGUCUGACCUGUCCAGCAAACCACACUUUCUGCUUGGAAGUGACAGAAGAUUUGGCCAUGGGUCAGAUCAACAUUCUAGGCCGAGUUCCACUGGAGGUAGACGUCUCCCCGUGGUGGGAGGACACAUUCUACGAACAAGGAACGCGGGCCCUGACUGACCUAAUGAAUUUGGUAGAACAGAUCAUCCGUGACACCAAUUACCACAUCAACCAGGCUCAGGUGGAGGUGAAUCUGGCCAAAAGAACAGCGGAGAUCCUGGCCAGCUCCUCUACCCGGUCCGCCCAGGACGCGUACACCUGGUGGGAUUGGGUGUUCCGAGGGUGCGUCAUCGCUAGCGCAGUCAUCUUUACCAUCACCCUGGUUCAAUGCUGUUAUUUUCGACACCUAAUACACUCUCUGCGCACCUCCACUCAUGCUGCUUUGGUUCUCAGCCCCCUCCAGUUGCCAGCGAGGCCGGGCUUGAGACCAUAAACACCGGACCUGGACUGCUGUCAAAGUUGGGCAUUUUCAGUGACCCCUGGGACAGCGUUCUGUUUGUCCCACGGGGCCAGAGAGGGGAAUCUGUAAGGCCCACGGGAACAGACAUAGAGUGGAAUUUCCUCUCUGACUGUCGUAAAGCAAUUCGCCAGGUGCAGAGUCUGAUAUUGUCGGGACAGAGUGACCCGUAAGACCUUGGCAUCUGGUUUUGCGACAGUUAACAGGUGACACCUCUUUUCUAUGGGAAAGCAAUUCUAAAAUUAUCCCAACAUCCUGGAGGUUUCAGAUGGCAAGUAAUAAAAUCACAUGAUGGAAAUGGGGCAAAUUGCUCAGGACAGUUGAGGGACAGUCACAGUGCCCUCACCUGGUGUCACUGGGUAACUUGUCUCCCAACCUUCAUAAGGAGAGAAAUUUACUCACGCACACUUUUGGUUAGGAAAUAAAUCCAGAUUUUGGUCGAAUACAUUGAUACACUACACUAUGCAAUCUUGAUACACUGUGGAAAGACAUUGAGAGUUGACAGUUGGUUAAGAUUGUACAGUUAUUUCAUGUUUUUCAGAGUUUUCAUGACAAUCACGAGAACAAAUAUUCAUAUUUGGUAUGGUUUUUAUGGUCUCUGUGCGAGUGAUGCUCUGGUUUAGCUUUUAAAACCAGCAAACCUAGAGAAAAUCUAUUUUAAUAAAUUUGGAAGUCAACUGUAUUUUUUGGACACUCCUCCUGGUAAAUCCAUCUGUCUGAUCCUGUCUGAACCAAAUUCCAAUCUUCCCCCCUCCAAGUAAAUUUAUGGUUUUAUGAGCCUUUUGUGGCGACAUCCACCUGCCUGCGCUGGGUUCUUAUAGGAGAGGAACAGGGCCCUCUGGGAAUCUGCAAUCAGACUUCCCACACAAUACUCUUUCUGUGUGUAGACUGCUGUCAGGUAUGCUCAUCUUUAUCUUUGAUAUGAUGUACUUUUAUUGUUUUACUAUUUUCUAAAUUCUGAAACGACAAAUUGAUUAUUUUAAGUGUAUAACCUACCUGACAUUAAAACUGUUAAUGACUUGA